AUCCCACUCCAAGAUGGAGCGCUAUACGAGGCUCCCCCGAGCUCCGACCCUACAACAGCCUGCCCCGCAAACAAGACAUCAACAACUACCCAUCCUUAGCCUUACACCAAGCUAAUCUCAAGAACCAAGAAAUCUCAAACGAGUCCACAUCCCCAACUUACAGACGACGAUCUCCUAGAAGAACGCAAUCCGAAGAUAUUUACGAUGACCAAGGAUCUUCCGGGCAGUUCAGAGGCAGUUCGCCCAUCGGUCUCAGGGGAAACUCUCCAGAUAUGGACGUUUUUGUUUCGAGGCCUACUCGAAUGAACCCGCUGAUGAAGCUGGGCGACAGCAGACCUGAGAUCGAUAGGAGGAGGUCGCCGAUGAGGAAAAGUAACGAGGGGAGCAGUGAGGAUGGGAGUUCCAAAGAGGAUGGAAGUCCUAAAUCUAGAGGUAUUUUAACACCCGAAUCAAUAAGAAAAUUCGACCGAAACCCAAUCGAAAAACGAGUCAGUUUCGAGAGUCAUAUUCCCAACACGAGGAUGCUCGCCAAACCUGCUCCAGUUUUUAGAACGCAAUCUUUGGUAGAGGGAAGAGUUCAGAACCAUCUGAUGAGUCGGUAUCCCAUUCACCACGAAGAUAAUUCUGAUAAUUCGGAAGAGGCGACAACACAUAGCGAAGCGAACGACGGCCGAGAUGAAAACAAUCCCAUCGAGCUCUGCGAGAUUGAGCCUUUCAGCGGAACGGUGUUCCGGAAAAUGAUGGUCCGAAGACGGAGAAAUAACCUUUCCGCUUCCGCCUCCAACUGCGCCACUUCGUCCUCGGAAAACGGUUGGCGCCGAGGUCCCGACUCUGACCUAUGGGACAUCCUUUUGCCAGAGGGGGACGACUACAAGUUGGUGUUCAUCAAUUCGGACAGCUCCUCCAAGGAAGAGACUUCUUCGAGGGAGGAGGAUGACAAUGACAGCUCUUCGACGGCAUCCAGUUUUCCCAUAGAUGAGUGCGACUGGGACUAUUUUGAACCUGGGAGCCGGCCUGCUCCUGUUAUCAACUGGAGCUCGCCGUUUGGGUCUCCCAGGGUGUACAGGAGGGACGUGGCGGAGAGUCCUCUAGGAUCACCGUUGGUUUAUAGAAGACGAAUGCGCGAAUCUGACACCGGCACUGACGAGGACAACGUUAGACAAGAUAGCGGUUCACCAGCAUCCUCUGACGGUAUCUUCCAGCCCCGAAUCCACCCCGACGAGUCGCCCUUCGACGCCGCCCAAGCCACAAACGAGAAAGUGGUGGAGGAUUCAGCUGCGUUGCAGUGUGUCCAUACCGAGGAUAUCGCUACGAAACCCUGUUGUCACGCAUGCGGCGCCCCAACACAAUAUAUUCCCAUUCCAGUCCCUGUCCCCAUCCCGUUCCCAGUGCCGGCCAUGUGGCCCCCCCACGAACCACCACUGAUGGUCUUCGGCGAACAGCGCUUUCGGGUACUACCGCGCAACCUAUGGCCGUACUUGAGUCAGGCCGCCCUUAUCUGGCCAACACUCGGUGCAAACGGUGGUACCGGCGGUACCACUAUGCCCGCGACCACUGACCGUGAUGCCUGUGCUCUGCCAACACACGAAGAGUCCGAUAACGUGUCGCCCGCGCCGGUUUUACAAGCGGAAGAACAAAUCUCCGGCUAUUUGGAGUGCGAAAAUCGAUAUGAAUCCUCCAGCGACUCUUCGAGUGAUUCCAGUGACAGUUCAAAACCGCGAGUGCGUCGCGUUUACAACGUUAGCGGUACUGACAGACACAGCGAUGACGCUUUGCCAAGCAGCAACGUUUCCAGUGACGGUGAAGAAGAAGAUGGGCGAAUGUCGCAAAGUUCGGUCCGGGAAGACGACAUGACGUCAUCGGGAUCGGCAGACACCGACAGUGAUGAUACCGGUACCGUGGCUGAUCAAAAAUCCAAGCGAUUUUCGAGAAUAUUUGUAGUAAAUAAAGUUAUAUCGUCCUCUUCGAAUUCUUGUAGUUCAAGCAGUGAUACUGAUACUUCAGACAACGAUACUGAUACUGAACUGGAUUGCACUGUCAUUUUGACCAACGUGAAACAACUGGACGAAGAAAAUGACAAUCAAAUCUGUGAUAACAAAUCAAGUGAUAAAAUUAGUGAGAAAAUUAAAGAAAGAGAGUAUGUGUCGUCGAGUCCGGGACUUUCAGAUGUCAGUGCCGAGUCUGUACACUCCAGUGAUGUCGAUCAAACUAAAGAUGACAACGACACAAAAGAUUAUAUUUCCGAAAAAGCAGAGAAAGUGGAAGAAAAAAUUGAACCAGUAGUAACAUUGAAAAAUUUAAACGAACAGAAGGAUACAGAGAGUGAAGCAAAUAAUAUAAACACACAAGAAAAUGCAUUAGUUGUUGAUAGUAAAAAGAAAGACGGUGAUGAAGGAAAACAAGGAAAGAAAAAAUGGAAUCUCAUACGCGUAACAAUGCAAUUCAUUAAAUCUGAGAAAAAAUUCAGUUUGGUCGAAAAAAGAGUUGAUGAUCUUUCAAAAGCAAAUAAAACUUUGGAACAACAAACGAUGAGUGACAAUGGUGUUGAAGAAAAUGGGGAAAGUUUCGACAAAGAAUUUAAUAGUGUUUGUGAAAAUAAUGAGGAGGUUUCAAACAGUAAUAAAUCAGUGGAAACUGAGGUUAGCUUGAAUAAGGAAAGUUUAAAUGACGAGAAUCCCUUAAUUAUAUCUCCAAUAUCUAAUAGUAACGAUGAAAAGUUAACAAAGGUAUCGGUGUCGAACACAUUAACAAGCAAACCCCUGGAAAAAAUGUCGAUAAAUAAAUUUGAUAAUAACCAUAGUAGUGAGGGCGAUCCAGCUGCGAAAACGUCAUCAAUUAGCGAUUCAGGAAAAGUUAUCCCAUACAAAAAAUCGACGGGUAGUGUAAAAUUGUCGGACGUUCUGCUCAGUGGUAAAGCACCGUCAUCCUCGAAAGGUGUAAUUAGUGAGUCCGUAGAAGCCAUCCCCGUAAUUGGCGCUAUCAGCUGUGCAGAUAAUGAGCGGCCGGUGGACGCCGUCUCCAGCGGGGAAACUCCGGCAGAAGCGGCAGGCGCCGAUGACCAGCGUGCGCUCGGUGAACGGAACGAGAUCCGGUCUAGCGAUGCCGUUAACGUAGAGGGGAACUCGUUGCACGAUCGUAACGACGGUGUUCAACCAGGUGCGAUAGUCUGCGGCGAAGGUUUAGCGCGGCAUGCUGCCCGAUACACGAGUCUAGUGAUGAUAACGCAAGAUCCCGCCCCCGAUUAUCAACAAGUGAGUGUCGUCACCUCGGAUACCACCACCCUGGUGCCUGGAAACGACGUUGUUGUGAGGCACACCAACUGGCAAGAGGCCGAUAAUAAGCGACACCAAAAAAUAUGCGAUAACCAGAACCACGAAGGAGAAAGCGUGACAGUGAUAACGGGCGGCGAAACAUUGUCAGCAUUCGAAGAAGGCCUCGCAGACGACGACUCCUGGGUGGAGAAUCUCAGUCACGAUGAAGAAGACGAAGAUGAAGACGAAUUCGCCACGAACUCCGGAACAGACUCGUCCUCCGGAGAAGAAGUUACGCUAACCUGCUCAGCAGCUAUUGACCAAGAAGAGGAUCUGAGAGGUUAUCAUCGUGCUGCUAUUGACUUUACUCUUCAUACUAUCGUAGAAGAGAGCUGUGAGGAGAGUGAAGUCGAACAAUGUAUACCGAAACGAAAAGAACGACCAACUUCUGCCACGGAUCUCGAAAAAUACUUCUUUUUUGGCCUUGGGGAUGGGUUAGCACAAUCUCUACCUUCAAAUCGAGAAGAUGCUUUCUCUGAAACAAGUAGCAUAUACAGUGAAGGAAUGGAAUCGCUUGGAGGAAGCGAAGAAGUCCAUACACCUAAUGAUACCUCUGAUCCAGCAGAACUAGCAUCAUCAAGACUGGAAAAAUAUUUCUUGAGUGGCUUCAUGGGUUUCACAGCAGAACGAAGAGAUUCUGAUGGAAGUGUGGGUAGCGACAGUGAGGGCCGCCCUAGUCCCGAACAAAGAAGAAAGAGACUGGUACGGGCUCGUGGUACGGGAAGGUCUCAUUCUUCUUCUUUAGAUAAUCUAGAUAAUGCAGUUAGCGAACAAACCGUCGAAGCUCAACUAAACUCCGAAGAUUCAUCUAGUUCAGAUUCAGAAAAUUACGAUGAAAAUAGCUUUGAAAAACCAGACGGACAAUUUGAUACAGUUAAACGGAAAAAGAGUAAAAAACCAAAGAGCUCGAAUGCAGAAGAGUCCAAAAACUUAGAGAUUACUCAAGAAAUUGAUGAAAGAGAUAGUGAAACGGACGAGGAUGGCCACAAAACGCCACAACCAGAAAUACCUGCUGCCGUUACGAAUCUUACCACAACGAAAAACCAGCAAAGUCGAGAUAGUGGUUUUGUUGGAAGUUGUGACGAUCUGUUGCGGGAACAAAGAGAUAAUAACACUCCAGAUUUCACAUCUGGUAAAAACGAACUGAAAGUCGAACUCGAAGAUAUUACCGAAGAAAAAAAAUUAGAAGAUAAAGCAAUACUAUUAUCAACACCUCCAGCAACAUCUCUUACCAGAAAGGAUAGUUUUAACAACUGGAGUUCAGAUGAAGAGACUAAUCUAAUGAUGUGUAAAAUGAGACAAUUCUUCAAGACUAUGGUUGCUAAUUCUCAAUUAAGUUCUUCCUCUAAACCGUCGACGCCUACUUUAACUUGCACUGCCAAACCUCUUCCAAGUCCUCGUGCCAAAAGAUGCAAACCUCCUCAACUAGUUUACUUUGAAAAUGAACUAACUCGACUCAUGAAGACCGUUCCUGGUAUUAGAGAUGAUCAAGUGAGAGAAAUCGUAGAAUAUUUAAGCAGUGAAGAUACUUGGAGUGAUUCUUAUGAUUCGUCCGAUUACACCAGCUCUGAUCUAGAGAUAACAACAUCAAAAACCGUUCUACAACAACAAAUUUCAGACAGCUGCAAGCAAAUCAUUAAUAAAUUUGAUAAUAGAGUUGACGAUGAAGGAGACGAAGGGGACGGUGGUAUAAUAGACGAAUCUCAUGGACUCAAUAAAGAAACUGCUUUUGUGUAUCAAAAGUUGGUAGCGUCUUUCGAAAAAAUGGCUUCAGGAGAUCACAGUGAGGCGGCAGUUCCUAAAGUUACACCUCACAGUUCACCACCGUUGAUAGCCAAAGUUAUGCACCAUAUCGGAAGUCGUCUGGUGGCUUUAAUGCAUGAAGUUUCCAGUGGAGAGAGUCACGCUAGUAAUUCCCCAAAAACAAAACACUACCAUCGAAGACUGCAACAUAAAAUAUCUUCAGCUUCCAGUACGACGACCGAGGACGACUGUCCAGAAGGAAGUGGGGAUGUCAUGGGAUAUGAAGACCAUCACGUUCCAUAUAAUUUACUACCUAGAAGUAGAUCUCAUGAUUUGUUAAUGGGUGAAACAAGGGCGCAUCAGUCGACUGGAGGUGUCUCAGAUAUAGCGGAAGAAAAAGAAGCUAGUGAUUGUGAACGGUUCAGUUGGCGCGGUAGUUUCGAGUCUGCUUUGCUUGCUACAGACUCUCGUAAUAAGCUUUCGCUCUUGGGAGGCGAAGCGUCUGCUUCAGCUUUAGCCAUCGCUGCGAAGAGAAGAUCUGCCGGAGACUUGCUCUUUAGCCACAAAAGUCUUAGUCGGGAACAGUUGGAUAGAGUGCGGAGUUGUGGUAGUAUUGGUGGGGCAAACAGUGAGGACAAACUUUGGGUGGCUUCAGCGAUACGUCCAAAUCGAAGGCGGUCGAGUGUACCAGACGCUACUUGCGGUUCGGGUGGUUCCGCGGACGGCGAAGACGAGGAUGAAGAGAUGGAAAGCAGAUCAACGCUUCCUAGGAGUUUACAGGGCGGCACUCCUACCACUAACUCUUUACCUCGUCUUCCGACCACAGCUGCCGCUAGUAGCAUACAAAAGAGUCAGAGUCAUCAUUUCUUAUCUCAAAAUGUUAAAAGUGCUCGAUACAGACCUCCGGGGUUUAAUAGACUGACCGCGAUACCGAAAAGAGCUGUCUCCGCGCCUGGUCUUCAACCGAGCCAUCAGAGGAGAGGAAGAAGAUCUCAACAAAGUAAUGUUAUCAAUGAUGAAGUUGGAGUUUCUGAAGCUCAUUCGUCGCCGAUGCUCGCAUCUCCCAGAAACGGUACGAAGAGUGCCACCCCCAGUCCAGUGACGUCCGUGGCCAAACGAAACGGAGCCAGACUGAACCCGGACUGGCACAAUGACGAAGAUCUCGAUAGGAUAGGAAGUUUGCAGAAUAGAGGAAGUCUAUCUACUCUUGGGGCUCGCUCGGACUCGAUGGCGAGCGUGUACUCAGGAGCAGGAGAGGGCAGGUACGGAACAGUUGCGGUAAGGGGACAAGUAGAGUUUGGACUACAAUAUAACUACAAAGCGGGAGCGUUGGAGAUCCAAAUUAAACAGUGUAAAGAUCUAGCACCUGUCGAUGUGAAAAGAAAUAGGUCGGAUCCUUACGUUAAAGUCUAUCUCUUACCUGACAAAUCGAAAAGCGGUAAGCGAAAGACGAAAGUAAAAAAGCACACUCUAAAUCCAGUAUUCGACGAAUGUCUUAAGUUCCACAUUUCUUUAAAUGGUUUAGAAUCAAGAACUUUGUGGUUAACAGUAUGGCAUUCGGAUAUGUUCGGAAGGAACGAUUUCCUCGGGGAGGUCAUGAUGACUUUAGAGAAUAAAGUUUUCGAUGAUCCUACGCCCAAGUGGUAUAACCUUCAAGAAAGGACUGAACCUUUCGAAGACGUUUCUUCAUACAAAGGUGAUAUUAUAGUGUGUUUGAAGUUCAUCCCUCCAGAUAUGACUGUUCAAAAGAAAGGAAAACGAUCUAGAGGAGCUCUUCACGUGUUGGUCAAGGAAGCCAAAUCACUGACUGCCGUCAAAGCGAAUGGAACCUCCGAUCCAUUUUGUAAAAGUUACCUUCUCCCUGACAAAGGUCGGAGUUCCAAACAAAAAACUCCCGUUGCGAAGCGAACCACUAAUCCAGUAUGGAAUUAUACCUUUAUAUACGACGAUGUAACGUUGCAAGAAUUAGCUGAAAGAUGUCUAGAGUUGACCGUUUGGGAUCACGAUCGAUUGGCUAGCAAUGAGUUCCUGGGAGGCGUCAGAUUCUGUUUAGGAACAGGCAAACACUACGGUAAACCCGUCGACUGGAUGGACGCUUCAGGCAGAGAGCUUUCCCUGUGGAAAAACAUGUUGGAAAAGCCCAAUUUCUGGGUCGAAGGUUCACUCUCUUUAAGAUCGUCGCUGGAAAUCACGCGGUUCAUAA